CGCGCUUGCAGGGCGCAGCUCGCGCCGGCGCUCGCGGGCGGGGACGCGCGGGGGCUCCUCGCUCCGGCAAACGGCGGCGGCGCCAGCGGAGUCCCGCCGCGAAGAUGCUCAAAGUCACGACGCCCUCGUGCUCCGCCUCGUCCUGCUCCUCGGUCACCGCCACCGUGGCCCCGGGACCCGGGAGCCUGGUGCCGGAUUACUGGGUCGACGGCUCCAACAGGGAUGCUCUGGGCGAUUUCUUCGAGGUGGAGUCGGAGCUGGGACGGGGUGCUACAUCCAUUGUGUACAGAUGCAAACAGAAGGGGACCCAGAAGCCUUAUGCUCUCAAAGUGUUAAAGAAAACAGUGGACAAAAAAAUCGUAAGAACUGAGAUAGGAGUUCUUCUUCGCCUCUCACAUCCAAACAUUAUAAAACUUAAAGAGAUAUUUGAAACCCCUACAGAAAUCAGUCUGGUCUUAGAACUCGUCACAGGAGGAGAGCUGUUUGACAGGAUUGUGGAAAAGGGAUAUUACAGUGAACGAGAUGCUGCAGAUGCCGUCAAACAGAUCUUGGAGGCAGUUGCUUACCUACAUGAAAAUGGGAUUGUCCAUCGUGAUCUCAAACCAGAGAAUCUUCUCUAUGCAACUCCAGCACCAGAUGCGCCACUCAAAAUUGCUGACUUUGGACUCUCCAAAAUCGUAGAACAUCAAGUACUCAUGAAGACAGUAUGCGGAACCCCAGGGUACUGCGCACCUGAAAUCCUUAGAGGCUGCGCCUAUGGACCCGAGGUGGACAUGUGGUCUGUGGGGAUAAUCACCUACAUCUUACUUUGUGGAUUUGAACCAUUCUAUGAUGAGAGAGGCGAUCAAUUCAUGUUCAGGAGAAUUCUGAAUUGUGAAUAUUACUUUAUCUCCCCCUGGUGGGAUGAAGUAUCUCUGAAUGCCAAGGAUUUGGUCAGAAAAUUAAUUGUGUUGGAUCCUAAGAAAAGGCUGACUACCUUUCAAGCUCUCCAGCACCCGUGGGUCACAGGUAAAGCUGCCAAUUUUGUACACAUGGAUACGGCUCAAAAGAAGCUUCAAGAAUUCAAUGCCCGGCGCAAGCUCAAGGCGGCGGUCAAGGCCGUGGUGGCCUCCUCCAGGCUCGGCAGCGCCAGCAGCAGCCACAGCGGCGUCCAGGAGGGCCGGGCCAGCCGGGAGCCGUCUCCACCUCAGGCUGGCGAUGGGGGCGUCUCAGGGGACGAGGGGGCCCCGGGGGCAGCCGAGGGGGCCGCCGGAGUGGAGCUGCCAGAGGUGCAGGUGGGGGAGGAGGAAGGCAGUGCUGAUGGAGACGCCGCGGCCCCCAGGGUGGAGCCCCAGGCAUCAGAGGAGGAGAUGGAGGAGGCCGGCCCGGAGACGGAGGGGCGCCUGGCGUGGGAGACGCAGGGGCCCACUGGAGCCGCGGCAGCCGCGGAGGGACGGGAGGAGGACCCUGCCCCGGAGGUCGGAGCUCAGCAGGGUGCCGCGGUCCCGCCCGAGGACUAGUGGCUUCCUUCCCGUGUGGGAGCCAAACCCUGGCACUUUGUGCGUUUUGUCCUUCAGCAAGGAAGGGGGAAGCAUGAUGUGCACCAUAGUGUGAUUGUUUCUGAGGUGCAAAAAUACAUAUGUAUCGGUUGGUCAUCCUAACUUCAAUGCAUGUGACUGCUUUAUGAAAAACUAGUGUCUCUUAUGGUACGUAAUGGAUAUCAGAUACCGAUGAAUUAGAUUUAAAAUUGCAAGUAAACACAACAUAUAAAAACACACGUUUUGGGGGACCAGUAGUGCACAUUUGAGGUAAAUAGUAACAAAUUGUUUUUGUUUUGUUAACGUAGCCAUCCUCCACCCUUUGGAUUUGUUCAGAAGGUAAUUCCUUUGGACUGUUGCUCAGCUAAUACUAGGUAGAGCUAUAAGAUGUAUUCCCAUGACAUUUACAAUAUCUUCAGUAAUAUGCUAAAACUGUUUACAAGAAGAUGGUUAGGUUAUAGUUGUAUGUGCAAAAAAAUUGCAUAUAUACCACUUAUAAUAGUAAGAAAUUGAAGCAUAUUUUAAGGGCUAUGAAACCAUAUGCCCCUAAACCUUGUGUGGAGAAUGCUUUUUUAUCUUGUCUUUAUUUAUAUAAACCAUAUUACUAAUAACCUGAAAUGUUCUAUCACAAAAUUCUGCCAUUUUAUAGUGCUGGAAAAAAGUAUUUUACAAACUCAUGCUAAGGAAUUUAUUCUCACCUCCAUCUGCUCUCUAAUAAGAAGUCCUUAUGAUGGACAGCGCUUAGGAGUGGGGAAAAGAAAUUUAGUGAAAAAAAGAAAAGACUGGGACUUAGGCUACUGAAGACUGACUCUUUGCCAUUUCAAAUAAAAUUGAAUUUAUUCAUGAGCUUGUACACUUUUAAAGAUAGGAACAUUUUUAUGGAUAAAUUCUAUACUGACCAAGGUUCUAAAUUUAUAAAAAAUCUAUACCAAUGGCUGGUGCCAGAAUGUUUGAAUAGAGUGAGAGUGAUAUCCCAUUGUAAGGUCAUUCGUUACUGAACCCACUGCGGUAAGGAAGGGGCUUCCCCAGUGGCCCAGCGGUAAAGAAUCAGCCUGCAAUGCAGGAGAUUGAGGUUCAAUCCCUGGGUCAGGAAGAUCCCUUGGAGAAGGAAUUGGUAACCCACUCCAGUACUCUUGCCUGGAGAAUCCCAUGGACAGAGGAGCCUGCUGGGCUACCGUCCAUGGGGUCGCAAAGAGUCGGACAUGACUGAGCAUGCACACACAUAGUAAGGAAACAUUUUUGUUUAUAAAAGUUCUUUUUUCCUUCAAUUGAUGACUCUUUAGAUAUACUGCUUAUGGGCUAAAGAUAUUUCUAGGAAGCUAGUAUACUUUUUUCUCAUGCUUGGAUGGAAGCACUCAUAAUUCACAAUGUAGUUUUGAAAGUUUCCAUGUUGAGAAAUUUAGGACAAUGCAACUUUUCAUUUACUUUAAUAAACAGAAACAAAGAAAAAAGAAAAAAAACACUGAUUUCAAAUCAGACUCUUGAGAAGCUGUAACAUUAGACCUAAUACUUCAUCAUGGUUUUUUAAAAAAUAUUUUUCUUUGGUUUUCAUAUAAAUGCUUUUUCCUUAUAAAAACUCACAGUUAAGUUCCAAACACCUCAGAUUUAUCUCUAGUUUGAGCUUAAAUGGACAUUUUUUAUCAACUUAAUUAUGUAGAAUAUUUUAGUAGGUUUCCUUAAUUAAAAAAAAUUAUUUUCAGGCCAAAAUUUUGGACAACAAAAAUGACUAUCAGAUAAAAAUCCUCAUCAAAAAGAGAGAUCUUAAAUUCUUUUGGCGCUGCUUCAGAACUAUUAAGUUAGAAAAUUAAAUCAAAACUCUGGUUUCUGGGGACUGUCAGACCUUCUGGAUGUUCUGCUUUCCAAGUGCAGGUCUUACUUCACUACUGUUCUCAUGAGGAAAAUCAAGUAGGACUUUCGUCUUCUGUAGUAUCAGGGCCUGACGGGUCACUGACAUGGAGGAGAAGGCCCGUAAGGCACAGGAUCUGAGCUUCUAAGAAAGAGUAUUUACGUUUGUUUGUUUUAUGUUGAUUAACUAGUAGAGACUAUUUAUCUUCUUUACUGUCUCUUUCCUUCUUUAUUCUCUAAUUUCCAUUUUAGGUAUUAUAAGAGGCUCACUAGUUUUAACCUUUUAAGAAUGCCUUAUUGUUCCCUAAGCAUUAAGAUUUCCAUUUUAAAAGGCCAAUUUCCUUGUGUCCUUUCCCGAGGAGACUUCCUGUGAAGUCUGUGUACAUGGUUAGGUGAUAGAUGGGAAAUGUCCCAGAUAUUUGGAAAAGGGAAGAAGAAAGGGGAAGGAAUCGUAAUGGAAUGGGGCAUACAGUCAGAUGAAGACACGCUGUCCUCCCAGCCCAUGUCCCUGACCCCCCAGCCCUGGUCCCUGUCCCCCCGGCCCUGGUCCCUGACCCCCCAGCCCUCGUCCCUGUGCCCCCGGCCCUCG